AUGCUGUGCUUUAGAUACUACCCUGUUUCAGUGUCUCCGUCUGUCUCUAGGGGACCCCCUAAGUUACCCUCUCCAGAAGCAGAGGGCCUCCCUUCAGGGGCCCCUCAGGGGGCCCCUAGGGGGCCCCCCCAAGGUUUGCCUUCAAGGGCGAGGAAGAAGAAGGAAGAAGCAGCAGUAGUAGCUGCAGCAGCUGCAGCAGCAGCAGCUGCUGCUGCUGCUGCUGCUACACUGCAGCGGCAACAGGGGCCCCCUCUGUUGAGGCGCCGAGCUCGCAGUUCAAUAGCAGAGGGCAGAGGGGCCCCACAAGUUAAUGACGGGGGGCCCCUCUCUCCUUCUCCUUCUCAAGAGCUGUCUGCUUGGGGGCCCCUACAGGGGGGCCCCCCCCCUCUACCCUUGGCUUCCCUACGCUGGAGCAGCCCUCCUUCACGCCCUUCUUUGUUUGCUUCCAGCCAAAUAAACAAACCCUCACUUACUGAGCAGCAGAAGCAGCAACAACAACAGAGACAGCAGCAGCAGCAACACGAACAGAAACAGCAGAACGAACAACAACAACAACAACAACAACAACUGCAACAGCAGCAGCAGCAGCAGCAGCAGCAGCAAAAACAGCAGCAGCAAAAACAGCAGCAGCAACAAGACCAGCGGCAACAGCAGCCGCAACAAGACCAGCAACAGCAACAAGACCAGCAAGAGCAACAAUACAAGCAGCAGCAGCAGCAGCAAAAGCAGCAACAGGAACGAAGCUGCUGGCCCCCACUAGUUGAGUCGUUCGAAGAGGGGGCCCCCCAUAAAGGGGCCCCUAAAGAACAUCAGCAGUCUUCUAUAGGGGCCCUUAGAGGGGAGGCGGCGGGGGGCCCCCCUGCUGCUGCUGCUGCUGCUGCUGCUGCUGCUGCUGCAUGCGCAAACACCCGACGCAAGCGCAGCAGCAGCAAACGAGUGAUAGGAGGAGCAGCAGAGAAAAACAGAAAAAUAAACAAGGGAAUAAGAGAAGGAAGCAAUAACGUUCAGGGGGGGCCCUCAAACACCAGCAGCAACAGCAGCAGCAACAGCAGCAAAGAGAGCCUCACGCAACCUCAGCCAGACAACCAGCAUCAUCAGCACAAACAGCCGCAGCAGCAGCAGCAGCAGCCGCAGCAGCAGCUGCUGCAGCAGCAGCAGAUUGAACCAGGGCGGGAGAGAGCGGUUCUUGCAACAGCACCAACGGAUGCUUCUGUAGAGGUCUCCUUAUCAGCGGGGGUCCCAGCAGCAGCAGCACCUGCCUCUCCUGCUGCUGCUGCAGCAGGCGCAGCAGGUUCAGCAGCGGCUGCAGCAAUAGAAGCAUCGGCAGCAACUGCAGCAGCAGGAGCAGCGAAAGAUGCUGCAGCCGACGAAAACAAACAAAAAGCACCGGUGCAGCAGCAACAGCAGCAGCCCCAGCUACUGCUGGAGGCGCAGCAACAGCAACACGACGAGCAGCAGCUGCUGCUGGAGAAGCAGCAGCAACAGCACGACCAGCAGCAGCUGCUGCUGGAGGAGGGGGAAGAGAAGCAGCAGCAGCAAGACCAGCAGCAGCAGCAGCAGCCGCAGCAGCAGCUGCUGCAGCAGCAGCAGAUUGAACCAGGGCGGGAGAGAGCGGUUCUUGCAACAGCACCAACGGAUGCUUCUGUAGAGGUCUCCUUAUCAGCGGGGGUCCCAGCAGCAGCAGCACCUGCCUCUCCUGCUGCUGCUGCAGCAGGCGCAGCAGGUUCAGCAGCGGCUGCAGCAAUAGAAGCAUCGGCAGCAACUGCAGCAGCAGGAGCAGCGAAAGAUGCUGCAGCCGACGAAAACAAACAAAAAGCACCGGUAGUGGAAGCAGCAAGCAAGCCCCCGUCCCAGACAACAGCAGCAGCAGCAGCAGCAGAAGCAGAAGCAGCACAAGCAGCAGCAAAAGCAGCAAGGGGAUGUCCAAGGGCGGCAGCCGCAGAGCCCGAAACAGCUGCGGAUGCUGUUGUAGGUGCAGCAGCAACAGCAGCAGCCCCAGCUACUGCUGGAGGCGCAGCAACAGCAACACGACGAGCAGCAGCUGCUGCUGGAGAAGCAGCAGCAACAGCACGACCAGCAGCAGCUGCUGCUGGAGGAGGGGGAAGAGAAGCAGCAGCAGCAAGACCAGGUGCUGCUGCACCUCCAGCAGCACCAGAUGCAGCAGCUUCUGCUGCAUGCAAGCAGAGGAGCGCCAGCAGAAAGGGUUUAAUUGCUGCUCUGAGGGCUGCAUUCCCCCACUGCCCCUUCGCGUCUCUCAGCUCUCCUGAGCAACCUCCUGCUGCUGCUGCUCCUGCUGCUCCUGCUGCUCCCGAUCCUGCAGAUAGUGAUGUGGCUGCUGCUGCUACUGCUGCUGCUUCCGGACCUGCUGCUGCUGUUGCCGCUGCAUCUGCUGACAUGGAGACGGAUUCUUCUGGGAAGGCUGCUCUGGACCCCUUUGAUGCUGCUUCUGCUGCUGCUUCUGCUGCUGCUUCUGCUGCUGCUGGUGCCGCAGAAGCAACAGACGCUGCCGCUGCAGCUCCACAUUUUGCUGCUCCCGUUGCUUCUGCUGCUGCUCACCGCUCACUCAAGCAGCAGCAGCAGCAGCAGCAGGAUCAGCAGCAGCAGCAAACACUGGGAGGUUGCGAAGCCGACGAGCAGAAACGUCAAACACGGGCUGCAGCAACAGCAACAGCAGCAGCAGCAACAGAAGCAGCAGCAGCAGCAGCAAACGCAGCUGCCUCUGAAGGCCCCAUGCCUAUGGAAAGAAGCGGGGGCAGCUGCAGCACACGGGGGGAGAGCAGCAGCGACAGCAACAGAGACGCUCCUAGCUGCAGCGGCCCCGCUGCUGCUAAUGCUGGUGCUGCUGCUGCUAAUGCUGGUGCUGCUGCUGCUAAUGCUGGUGCUGCUGCUGCUGGGGAUGCUUCUACGGCUGCUGCUAACGACUGGCGAAUAGAGUUAAGAAGGCGUAGACAGCAGAGAAGGCUGCCGCUUGAGGCCGCAGCAGCAGCUACAGCAAGUGCAUCAACAGCAGCAGCAGCACCAGCAGCAGCGGCAAAUACCGCAGCAGCAGCACGACCCAAGCAGCAGCGUGCUGCAGCACAUCGACUGCGGUGCAGCAGCGCAGCCUCCGUGCAAUCUCCUUUUAAGAGAGUCUCUCCUGCUGCUGCCUCUUCUGCUGCAGCAGUUCACCACAGCACGGGAGACUGGAGAGGGAGACGCAUAGCAGCAGCCACAGGCGUACAACAGCAGCAGCAACAACAGCAACAGCAGCAGCAGCAGCAGCUGCUGCUGCUGCAGCUUCGUGAGACAAAUGUUGAUUCCUCCUGCAGUACGUGGCUAUCUGCUGCUGCGGAGGAGGAGGACCCCGUUACUCUGGCAGCAGCAGCAGCAGCAACAGCAGCAGAAGCAACAGAUGCAAGUGCAGCAGCAGCAGAUGCACCAGAGGAUCUUGCUGCUGCGCAGAGGCAGUGCGUGGACAGCAGCAGCAGCAACCGCAACAACAACAACAACAAGAGGCCUGAAGCCCUUGGCAGCAGCAGAAGCAGCAGCUACAGCAGCAUCAACAGUGGGACGUGCAGCAGCAACGUGAGGCCCUCAACCAGAAAGGCGCAAAGCAGCAGCAGCUGCAGCAGCAGCAGCAGCAGCAGCGACUGCAGCAAUGGCAGCAGAAGCAGCGGCAGCAUCAGGAGCAGGCUUCUGUUAAGGAGUGCUCACAGCACGAGCAGCAACUGUAGCAGCACUAGUAACCAUAACAUCAGCAGCGGCAACAGCAGCAGCUGCAGCAGCAGCAAAACAAAUGUACAAGUUUUGCUGCGCCGCCUUGCUGCUGCACAGGGGCCCCGACGGGGGCCCCCCGCCGGCAGCAAUUCUUCCCUGGAUAUGCAGCAGCUUAUCAGCGCUGUCACGAGUGCAGGUGAAGACUCUCAAGGCGAUGCUGCUGCUGCAUCUGCUGCUGCUGCUGCUGCUGCGGAUUGGGAUGAGGCCGCUGCUGCUGCGACCUUGCCUGGUGCUGAUGCUGAUGCUGAUGCUGAUGGUGCUGUUGCUGCUGCUGCUGCUACUCGACAGAGAAGGCGGUGCAGCAAUCUGCAAGCUAUGUACACGCAACAGCAGCGCGAGCCUUCUCCUUCCACUCGGGGGCAGCAGCAGCAGCAGCAGCAGCAGCAACGGCAAAAACAGCAACAACAGCAACAGCACGAACUCCACGAGCUGCAGCAGCGGCGACUCCAAACUCUCCUGCAGCAGCAGAAGCAAAAGCUGCAGCAUGCGCAGCAGCAGCAACGGCAGCACGACGAGGGGCAGCAGCAACUGUGGAACUGUGGAUAUGACAGCAGCAACAGCAGCAGCAGCAAUGGCACAGGCAGCAGCAGCAGCAGCGGCAGCAGAAAAGACAGCAGCAGCAGCAGCAGCAGAGGCAGAGGCAAAGGCAGCAGCAACAGCAGCAGAAGGAGGCACCUGAAGAGACAGCAGGCGCGCGUGCGGCUUCUCGCAGCCUCCUUGGAAGGCUGCAGCAGCAGCAGCAGCAAGACGGAGCAGCAGCAGCAGCAGCAGCAGCAGCAGUGCCAGUUCUGGCACCAUAGAGCUCACCCAAAGUUCUUGAAAGACAUUCAGCUGCAGCAGAAGCAGAAGCAGCAGCAGCAACAGCAGCCGCAGCGGCAGCAGCAGUUUCUGUUGCAGCAAGAACCUCUUGACGCUCCCCUUCACCAGCAAAGGAAGCUCUUAUACUUAAACAGGGCCUCGACAAUCAGGCAGCAGCGGCAGCAGAAGGAGCAGCAGCUACAGCAGCAGCUGCUGCAGCAGCAACAGCAGCAGAAGCAAACGGGCUGGGGGAGGCCCCGCGCUGGAGCUGCUGCUGCCUUCGGUCUUCUUGAGGCUGCAGCUGCUGCUGUAAUAUCCGACUGGCAAGAAGAAGAAGCAGCAGCAGCAGCAACAGAAGCAGCAGCAGCAGCAGCGGGAGCAGCAGAAAAACGAGAGUCAACAACAACACCAGCAGCAGCAACAGCAGGAGCAACAGCAGCAGCAACGCAUGGCGCAGCAAAUCCCUUUCGUCGUGCUGCUUCUCACAACUUCGUUGCUGCUGAUGCUGCUGCCUCUGCCGUUGACCGUCGGGGUAUGAUGCAGCAGCAGCAGCAACAGCUGCAGCAGCAGGUGCAUCAGUUGCAGCAGCACCAGCGGAUGCGGCGGCAGCAAAGUCAGCGACUGCUGCGACUGGAGCAGCAGGAGCCUGAGCAGCAGCAGCAGCAGCAUCAGCAGCGUACUGCUGCUUCUUCUUGCUGCUUCUCUGCAUCGUCUUCUUUCUCCUGCACUCCUGCUUGUCUCUCAGUUUUGCUGCAGCAGCAACUGAAGCCUCCACAGCCCAAAGUAGGGGCCCCCUCUUUGCUGCUGCCGAGCCGCCGCAGGCCCCGUUCAACCAGCAGCAGCAGCAGCAGCAGCAGCAGUAGGAGUAGUUGUAGCAGCAGCAGCAGUGAAGACCGCAAGCGCCGCAGGAGUCGCCGCAACAGCAGGAGCAGCAGGAGACAGAGCUUCAAGCGGCAGCAAACUCACAGACUGAGGAGACACUUAGCAGCAGGGGGACCCGUUGCUAGUGCAAGCAGCAGCAGCAGCAGCAGCAGCAGCAGCAACAACAACAACAACUUCCUUGUUUGCCGUGAGGUGGUGAAGGAUUUAUGCGAAGAAGUUAUGAGGGAAGUCCUGCCGGGGCUGCUGCAGCAGGCUGCUAGUGCUGCUGCUAGUGCUGCUGCUGCUGCUGCUAUUGCUGCUGUGACUCAGACAAGCGCAGCAAGAACAGGCCAAAGAGAUUAUCCUCCAGCAGCAACUGCAGCAACAGAUGGUGCAGCAGCAGAUGCAGCAGAUGAAGCAGCACCAGCGGCGACGGAACAGCAGGAGGCAUCAGCUCUUGCUGCUGCUGCUGCAGGUGCUGUCGCUGCAGGUGCUGCCGAUGCUUGGGAUGAAGAAAGCAAGCAGCAGCACCUGCAGCAGCAGCUUCAGCAGCAGCAACAGCAGCAGCAACAGCAGCAGCAGCAGCAGCAACAUCUGAAACAGAGGUAUCUGCAGCAAACGCAGAAGCACCAGCAGCAGGAGCAGGAGGAGGAUGAGGGGCAGCUGGAGCAGCAGCAAGAGCAGCAGCUUUUGCUGCUGCAAGAGCUGGAGCAAGAGGUGCAGCAGCAGCCGGGCCCCUGCUCGCGGCUGCUUUCUCCCCUGGUUAUUUUAUCUGAAGAUGAUUCGCCGCUGCAGCAGCAGCAACAACAACAGCAGCAGCGGCACCAGCAGCAGCAGCAAUGGCAGCAGCUGCAACAGCAGCAGCAACGACACCAGCAGCAGCAAGGACAGAAACACCAGCUGCUGCUGCGGCAGCCGCAGCAAAAGCAGCGGACGCAACGAGAAUACCAGCAGCAGCAGCACCCGAAGCAAAAGCAGCUGCAGCAGCGGCAGCAGCAUGAGAAGCAGAAACAGCUGCAGCACCAGCAACGGCAACAAACAAGAAAACAGCAGCAGCAGCAGCAGCAGCAGCAAGAGGAGGAGCAGCAGCACUUUUAUCCUUAUGCAAUAAAGAGCGAAUUUGAAGAGGCGCCUCUUUAUACAGGCCCCUCCCUAACCCUAACAGGCGACAGCCAUGCAGCAGCAGCAGCUGCAGCUGCAGCAGCUGCAGCAGCAGCAGCAGCAGCAGCAGUAGAUGGGGACGCCACUUUGAGCAGCAGCAGCAACUGCAUGCCAGUCGAAAUGAAGAGCGAAGGACAAACGACAGGGGAAGAUGUCGCUGCAUGCAGCUUCUCAGGGCUGCACACCCCUGCUGCUGCUGCUGCUGCUACUGCUGAAGUUAGUAAGGAUGCUGCUGCUGCUGCUGCUGCUGCUGCUUCCCUGGACCCUACGGAAGAGUGCCUGCAGCCUUACGGCGUGUCGAAGCAGGAGCAGCAGGAGCAGCAGCAGCAGCAGCAGCAGGUUGAGGACGAGGAAGAGGAGGAGGAAGAGCAGCAGCAGCAGCAGCAGCAGCAACAGCAGUUUGACGCAGCAGCAGACUGCGCCGUACUAUGCCACCAGCUACCCCAAGAAUUACUGCCGGGGGCCCCCACCCUAAGCAUGGGGGGCCCCCCGCUAAAAGGAGCGGCAGCAAAAGAAGAAAAAGAUAUUCGCAGCUUCCCUCAAACUCGAUCACGCACCCAAGCUCAGGGGCCCCCACAUGCAGAGGAAGUAUUAGGGGGGCCCCCACGGGUUUCCCUCUUUAGGCCGAGGCGAGCCUCUAGCUGUUACAACCGCAGCAACAUCAGCAGCAGCCGCAGCAGCAGCAGCAACAGCAGCAGCAGCCGCAGCAGCAGCAGCAGCAGCACCAGUGGUGCUUGCAUUGACCCUUCAAGACCUUCUCUUCCCUUCUGCGAGCAGGCAAGACGUAGGGGGGCCCCCGUCGAUACCCUGGCCGACUUGGGCGAUACGAGGGGCCCCAGGGGCCCCACGGGGCCCCCCAGAGGGCCCCCUACAGAUGCAUUUGCAGUCUGCUGCAGCAGCAAGGGGGCCCCCCAUCCGUCUGGGGGCCCCAUAGCAGAGACAGCCGCUGGCUGGGAGCCCCUUCAGGGGCCCCCAACUGGUGCAGGGGGUCCCCAGGGGGCCCCUCAGGGGCCCUCAGCUGAGGCAAGGGGCCCCCCUGGGGCCCCCGGAGGGCCCCCAAGGGGCCCCCUAACUCGACGACUUGGUCAACCUUCUCUCGAGAGGAAACCUGAAGGAAAGGGGGCCCCCAAAAGGGGUCCCCUACGCAAGGAGGCCCCCAACAAGGGGCCCCCAAGUGGGGGGCCCCCCAACAAGGGGGCCCCAAGUGGGGGCCCCCCCAACAAGGGGGCUUCAAGUAGGGAGCCCCCCGAGGGUAAGUUGGGUAUUAAUGAAGAAGAACUGUCACGAGGUGUACGGGCAGCUGCUUGCAUGCGCCCCUUUAAGGCAUUAAUUGAAGAGUAUAUGGUGGAGGGAGAGAAAAAAAUAAUCAAAGUCCUAUGGGAAGACAACACCACCUCUUGGGAAGCUGCUGAUGCAGUUGCAUGCAUGCAGCAGCAGCAGCAGCAGCAGAAGCAGCAGAAAGGGCAGCAACAGCAGCAGAAAAAAGUUCAGAUGCAGCAGCAGCAGAAAGGGCAGCAGCAGCAACCACCUGCUGCUGCAAAUGCCGGUGUGGCUACAAAGGCUGCUAAGAGGAAACAAAACACCAAACCCUAA